AUGCAAAACGAACAGCUUAACGAAUUUACACCAGCUGAACAUAUCCAUCAAAUUCGUUCAUAUUUUGAUGUAAUCGAUAAUGCAAUUAAUAUUGGUGAUACUAAUAGAAGAUAUAUCGAUGCUAAAAUUCCAUCACAACCAGGAAGCGCAAAGGAUCAUAACUGGGUCACAUUCAAUUUAUCUCCGCCAGGUGAAAAUAUGCUAGACCUUUAUAACACAUUCCUUACAACUACCUAUAAAAGUAAAUAUAUCAUUGAUAAUGCUAUUA